AGUAGAAAUGGAGAAGAAAAUGAAAUAAAGCAGCAGUUAUGAGGCAGAGCCUAAGAGAACUAUGGCAACAUCAGGUGACUGUCCCAGAAGUGAAUCGCAGGAAGAAGAGCCUGCUGAGUACAGUGAGGCCGGUCUCCUGCAGGAGGGAGUCCAGCCAGAGGAGUUCGUGGCCAUCGCAGACUAUGCUGCCACUGAUGAGACCCAGCUCAGUUUUUUGAGAGGAGAAAAAAUUCUUAUCCUGAGACAAACCACUGCUGAUUGGUGGUGGGGCGAGCGUGCGGGCUACUGUGGGUACAUUCCGGCAAACCAUGUGGGGAGGCAGAUGGAUGAGUACGACCCGGAAGACACGUGGCAGGAUGAAGAGUACUUCGGCAGCUAUGGAACUCUGAAACUCCACUUGGAAAUGUUGGCAGACCAGCCACGAACAACUAAAUACCACAGUGUCAUCCUGCAGAACAAAGAAUCCCUAACGGAUAAAGUCAUCCUGGACGUGGGCUGCGGGACUGGGAUCAUCAGUCUCUUCUGUGCACACUAUGCGCGGCCUAAAGCGGUGUAUGCGGUGGAGGCCAGUGAGAUGGCACAGCACACGGGGCAGCUGGUCCUGCAGAAUGGCUUUGCCGACAUCAUCACCGUGUUCCAACAGAAGGUGGAGGACGUGGUACUGCCCGAGAAGGUGGAUGUGCUGGUGUCCGAGUGGAUGGGGACCUGCCUGCUGCAUCACACACUGGAAGCAGACGCUGUUUAUGAUGGACGACCCAGUCCCUGUCCAUACUGGAGACGUGGUCACAGGUUCAGUUGUGUUGCAGAGAAACCCAGUGUGGAGAAGGCACAUGUCGGUGGCUCUGAGCUGGGCUGUCACUUCCAGGCAAGACCCCACAUCUCAAAAAGUUGGAGAAAAAGUGUUCCCAAUCUGGAGAUGACAGUUGAGGCUUUAUUUGGAAAGCAGUGUGCGUAUCCUGAGGGGUGACGAACACAAGCAACCCAAGAUGCACCUGGCUGCUGCACACUCCUGCAAAAUCGGUGAACGUUCACGCCACAUUGACCCCUCCCCAGCCUGGCAGGUGACGUCAGGGCCCUUCACAGACAAACACGCUUGGGCUCGGCAGGAGCUGCCGUGGCCACCCCCGCUGCCCAGUGUCUGCCCUCUAGAAGUAGGCUGUGUUUCUAGGUGUUCACCCGUGAUGUCCACAGUGCUGACCCGUGGCUAGGUCAGAGCUCCAUGUUCCUAAGCUAGGUCUAGGUCCACACUCCUAGAACGCCCGCAUAUCAGCCUGUGUACCCUGUGACAGUGACUGUUCCCGCCUCCUGUGUUAGUGGUGCCCUUACUGCCAUCGCUCAUCCACUCGUGUGGGAUGUAGGAUUGCACAGGGCUGUGCCAGUGCCGUGUAGGGAACACCGCCCUGGCUCAGCGCGGGAGCUGAGGUGGCGAUGCACGCGAUGGGACUCUGCAUGGGAUAGUUUUGUAGACGUCUUCCAAAUAAAUUAUGUGUUGGCGCAUUGCACAUGCUCAAUAAAUAUUUUUAAAUGAGUGAAUGUCA